CAUCGGUGACGACGACAACGAUGCCAACACCGACGACGGCAGCGACGACGACGACGAUGACAACGACGACGACGUCGACGUCGACUGCGAUGCCGACGACGACGAUGACGUCGUCUGAGGCAGCGAUGACGGCGACGACGACGAUGACGACGUCGUCUGAAGCGGCGAGGACGACGAUGACGUCAACUGCGGUGGCGAUGACAACGACAACAACGUCGAGUGCAGCGGCGGUGACAACGACGAUGUCAUCUGCAGCGGCAGCGACGACGUCGACAGCGACGGCGAUGGCAGCCGAUAAAGCGACGAUGUCGACGGCAGCAGCGGUGCCAUCGGCCACGAAUUUAAUAACUAUAAAUACUGCCGAUUUGCAAACUAUAAUUUACGCCGCUAUUGCGGGCAUGCGUACAAGAGGGAGAGGAAGAGGACGUGGAAGAGGACGAGGAAGAGGAAGAGCAGGAAGGGGUAGAGGCAGGGCACAGAAGAGAACCGUAAAAAUGGACAUAGCACCGCUGAGAACCACCUUCACGUGGACAUUACCGACGUGGAAAAUGGACAUUGGCUACGUAGUUCAAAGUCCAUUUUUCACGAAACAUAGAGGCGCUUCAAAAUAA